UUUUAUAUAAUUUAUUAGAUAAUAAGUGUAUCUAAUUUAUUAAGUAUGGCAUUAGAGACUUCGCUACCUACAUUAUACGAAUACUAUACCGGAAAUGGUAUUUCAGAGGGGUUGUCUGAUAAACAACCAUAUUUUACCCUCAACAAUAAAAAUAUCACGAUAUACAGCGGAGCUUUUCACUAUUUUCGAAUGCCGAGAGGACACUGGAGAGACAGAUUGAGAAAAAUGAGAGCAGCUGGACUGAAUGCUGUUGAGACAUACGUCCCUUGGAAUCUGCAUGAAUCACAACAGGGUGUAUUCGAUUUUGGUAAUGGUGGAACGGAUUUCGAAGACUUUCUCCACUUGGAGGAGUUUCUUAAAACCGCCCAAGAGGAGGAUUUGUUUGCCUUGGUUCGAGCUGGACCAUACAUUAACAGUGAAUUCGAUUUUGGCGGUCUUCCUAGCUGGUUAACCAAAACGGUAAAAUAUAUGAGAAGAUCAGCGGACCAAUAUUUCCUGAACCAUGUCAGAAAUUACUUUAACGUGUUAUUACCUAUCCUGGCGUUGCUUCAGUUCCAAAAAGGUGGUCCAAUCAUAGGAGUACAGGUAGAAAAUGAAUUUGGGAGCAAGCAUUUCAACGACACUACUUAUUUGGUUGCCUUAAAAGAUAUGAUGUUGGAACAUGGAAUAAUAGAACUUCUUUACACGGCAGAUCCUCCUCGAAAUGGAAAGUUCGGUGCUAUACCUGGUGUUUUACAAACUGCUAAUUUCAACGGAGUUCCAAAGGAGAUGUUUGAUCUGCUUAACACUUUCCAACACGGCAAACCGAAUAUGGCGAUGGAAUCAUACACUGGAUGGUUUGAUCACUGGACUGAGAGCCACCGUCAUAAGAAACCGAGUGAAUAUAAAACUCAACUGGAAGGAAUAUUAGAUUAUCCAGGUUCAGUGAACAUGUAUAUGUUUAUUGGUAGUACAAGUUACGGUUUUACUAAUGGAGCGACAUUGUCCAAAGAUAAUGAUAACUCUGGAUACCAACCAGACACCACAAGCUAUGACUAUGAUUCACCAAUCACUGAACAUGGCACAUCCACAUUAAAAUACGACCUAAUCAAAGAAGUAAUAGCAGCGCGCAACAAGGUUCAAACUCGUCUGCCAGAUUUUCCUGAUCUUAAACCUCUCGUAGCCUAUCCCGACAUAAAACCAGUAGGACAACUAUCGCUUUCUCAGGCAAUAAAUCAAGUACAAACCAAAGUUCAAAGUACAGAUCUUUUACCAAUGGAGAAACUGGAUAUUAAUAAUGGCAACGGACAGAGUUUUGGAUAUAUUGUGUAUAGGAAAACGAAUAUCGAUAUUCCAGCUAACGCAUUACUAAAAAUUUCUGGGUACGUACGGGAUACCGUCUUGGUACUAAUAAACGGAAAAGUAGUUUCACCUACUCCAAAAAGUGCUGCUGAUAUAGAUGGCUUUGGCUUUUGGAGGAAACCUGAUUCAACCCUUACUCUUACUAAUACAGCGAUCCAAGCCGCAACACUCGAGUUGGUUGUCGAAAACUUUGGAAGAAGUACCUUAGCUGUUUAUUCGUUCAAGGGUUUAACUGAAGAUGUCUCCAUUAAUAACAAUAAGCUCAGUAAUUGGGAGAUAAUUCCUUUAGAAUUUAAAAAGAGCUACAACCUAGCUUUGUCGAACUGGCAGUCAGUACAACAACGAGAAGAUAGUCCUUCAUUGUACAAAUUUAACCUCCAUAUUGAUGGCGAACCUAGUGACACCUAUAUAGAUAUGCGUGAAUGGAGGAAAGGAAUAACUAUAGUUAAUGGAUUUGUUCUUGGAAGGCAUUUCUUCGUUGGGCCUCAACAGAGUCUCUACUUGGCUGGACCUUUAUUGAGAUCUGGAGAUAAUGAGAUUGUUGUGUUUGAACACUAUACUGCUCCGUCUGUCUUGAAGUUUUCAGAUGUACAAAUAUUCGGAAAUUAGUUGUAUUAUUUACUAAAAAUAUAUCGUUUCAGCUUAA